CUAUGUUUUGUUGCUGUCAGACACAAAUGGGGGUUACUGAAGACUGAGUCAAUCAUGGCUGCUUCCUUGGUACGGUGGCUAAAAAGAUUGUGCGUUUUCUUGUUGACAUGUCCCCUUUGUGUCCCGGCCUUCUUGAAUUUAGAGGAGCUGAACGAGAUGAAAUAUGGUAUUCAAAUUCUUCCCGAUCCCGUCAUCUUAGGCCAGACCAAGACAGAGGAGGUUAUGAUGGUUUCCAAUAAGUACAAGCAGCUGUACGAGUGUCGACUUCCAGCCAUGGCUGUCCGCUUUCAUCAGGAUCCUGCAUCUGAGCCUGAAUCACCAGGGUACAACGGGCCUGAUAUCCCAGAUCUACUAAGUCCAAUGCACAGUAACCAGUGUCUGGUGAAGACGAAGGACUGGUGGACUUAUGAAUUCUGCCAUGGUCAGCACAUCAGACAGUACCACCUUGAAGACACCGAGAUCAAAGGAGACAUACUCUUCCUAGGUUAUUACGAAUCUGAAUUUGAUUGGAACAAUGAAACAGCAAAGGCGUCCAAGCAGCACAGACUGAAGCGCUACCACAGUCAGUCCUAUGUGAACGGCUCAAAGUGCGACCUCAAUGGAAAUCCAAGAGAGACUGAAGUCCGGUUUGUGUGUGAAGAAGGCGCGAGUGACUACAUUGUCCGUGUUGAUGAGCCUCAGUCAUGCCGCUACGUUCUGACCGUUCACACCGGUCGCACCUGCCAGCAUCCAUUCCUAAAGCCACCAUCCACUGCCAAGCCGCAAGGGAUUGUCUGCCAGCCAGCGCUAAGUGCCCAACAGUACAUGGACUACGUCAAGGCUCAAGUCUCGGACACAAAGCGUAAAGUGGAGCAGAUCUCGGAGGAGCUGAGGAGUCUUGAUGAGAUGCUGGCUGCUAAUGAAGGGACAGAUGGAGCGGUGGAAGUGACAACAGAAGAAACAUCACCUUCAGCCACUGAUAUCUUCAAUGGGUCCGAAAAAGAAGAAACCACUGAUGUCUUUGAGGAUGCUGGGUCAGAGGAAGGAGAAGAUUCUGAGUUCUGGGAGGGAGUCACCAAGCCAGGGAGUUCAAAAACCACAGCAUCUCAGCAGAAGGAUCAGGCACCAGAUGAAGACUAUAACUCAAUUACAGACAAUGAGGUCAUAGAAGACGGUGAGGAAGUUGAAAAAUUCAACUUUAAAAUCAUCACUGACCCGGCGGACCUGAUGAAAUUUGUCCAACAUCUGAAAGAGAGUAACAGGAAGAAAGCAGAAAACCAAGCUAAAAUUCAAGGAGAGAAAGCAACAAGCAAUAGGGAACCGAAGAAGCUGGGCGAGGAAGGGAAGAAUGAAGAUGACGGCCUGCUGCAGGAGUUUGACGAGGAGAUGACUGACCUCUCCGUGCCCUCAGAAAAGAUUGAAGAAAUAAAGGAGGAAAUGCAGAAGGAGUUUGACAACAUCAUUAAUGAGGCCCAGCAGGAAUUAGAGACAGAAGGUCUGAAAGGAGAGUUUGAUCGCACUCAGGCCACACAGACACUGGAGACGACCCUAGACAAGCUGCUCGAUCAAUUAGAGGAGAAAGACGUCCAGGACACGGAGCAGCAAACACCGGGGGUUCAGACAGGAAGCGACCCGGCCAGAGGAAGUCCCAGUUUGGCUCCGAAGCAACCAGACCAAGCGGCUGACGACCAUGUUAAGAUCAAAAUUACUAAGUAUAAGACGGGCAGCAGCCCUGAUGGGGAGGUGAAAGUUCAGGAGAUGGGCGAAGGAGAUCCCCAGUGGCAGCACAUAAAGGACGUGGUUAAAGAACAGCUAGAGAAAGCAGGACUGAAGGCAGAAGGUAAAAUCGAGGUAAAGAUCUUGACACGAAAAAAUGCAGAGGAGACAGGUGAUCAGUGGCUGACAGAGGAAGAUACAAAGUCCUUCAGAGAGCUCCUCAUAAAUCUGCUGACUGGAGGCACAGAAGAAGUUUACAAAGAGCAAAAGAGGCAGCAGGAGUUGGAAAACAACUAUAGGUUUGUGUGGGGAGAGUCUCAGGAGGAGUCACAGUCAUCAAGCACCUCUGACUCAGACGAUGUGGACGUAUGAGCUCAUUCAGUCAUAUUUUGAGAUAAUGAACUCCUGGGGAGACCAGCAGAGAGGGGGACUCUGAAGUGCAGCCUCAAAGUUGAAAGAAGAGCCACAUGUUUAAAUACUGCUAUUAAACCAGGCAGAAAAUAUUCACUGGCCUGUUUGCACAUUCAGAACAUUUUUUGUUGUUGUCUUCAAUAGGCAAUAUGUUUCUAGUUGGCACCAGUAAUGGUGUAUGUUGCACAAUAAAGCCACAACAUGUCAGCUUUACUUGUGCUGUUAAUUUGAGUUUAAUGCAUUUCCCCGUUUUAAUGGGAUUCAGUCUGACAGGCUAGAAAAAGCCUAGUGAUAAAGAUAUGUUUUUUUAUACUGAUAUAUUCUAUACAGUUAUGUCGGUAUUUAAUUUUAUUUGAAUAUUUGCAUCUACAGUGAGUAGUGCUGAAGUUUUCAGCAGCACUCUGUGUGCACAGUUGAACUAUUUCUCAACGUUGUCUUAGAAAAAACAGUCCCCACCUUCCAAGUGACACACCUUGGCACUGACACAUCUUGGCAUUGUUCGUGGAUGAGAGCUUUCAAAUGCUAUUUUUUUUUCUUGGCUGUGAUUAUAUCUCUAAGAAAAACAAAGGACUUGCACUCAAAGGUUCAUAUUUCAGUUCUCAACUGUUCCAACACGCUCCAUUUACAGCAAACAACAGCAACAACGAUCCCAUGAGUGUUCGUACACAUGCUUUGCCACUUGAUAUACUUAGAGGUGUUUCAUGGACGUAUAUCUAGAGAUUGUUUUCCUGAAUAAGAAGCUUCCCCUUGGGUUGCAAUCUUUAAAAUAUUUUGUUUCAACAAGGACUGCUUAUAUUCAAUUUAAAUGCAUUUUGCAGUGAAAGCUACAAUGUCAGUCAGCUUCAGUGUAUUACAAAUGAUAAAUCCUCCAAAAACUUUUCUAAAGAUCCUUCAGAAGUGUACUUUAAAGGGCUGAAAAUGUAAAUUUUGUUAAUAUUGUGGCUACAAGGAAGUUAUUUUGUACAUAAUUGCUGCAUAAAUAUCUUUUUUUUUUUCUAUGAUAUGUUGUACAUAAGCACAGUCUGAGUAGGGCUUGAGUUACCUGAGUAAACACAUAAAUAUGUGACUGUUCUCUGUUGUACAUGAAGCAUCUUUUCAAUGUGUGAUUAAGUCAUAAACAAACUUAAACAAACUGUAA